AUGCCAUCUGCAUCUGAGAUAAUUACUCCCUCUCUAGCGCAUCGUUCUCGCGCAAACAUCCAAUGGUUCACCAACAAGCAUAUGCGGCAGGUAUCUCGGCUCAAUGCGAAACAGCACCGAGUCAAUAUGAUGACGGCGGAGAACUGGUCCGUCCGCGGCGAGCUGGUCGACCAGUACAAGGCGCUCUUCGCCCAAAAUCUUUCCACCCGCCAUCUAUCCUACGCAGAUGGCAUGGGUGGUGACGCAGAGCUGCUGCAAGUCGCGUCGGACUUCUUCAACCGCGUGUUUGCCGCGCAUACCCGCGUGGAGCCGGCCCACGUCGUCGUAGGGGCCGGAUGCAGCUCACUGCUGGAGAAUCUGCUGUAUGACAUUUGCGAGCCGGGAGAGGGCGUGUUAAUCGAAACGCCGUUCUGGGGUGGGUUCGAGACAAGCUUCGUUCUGCGCUCCAACGUCACGGCUGUUCAUAUUACACCUCCAUCUGACAGUGAUGUAUCUGGAUCUGAGGAUCCGGAUCAUGUCGUAUUGGCGUAUGUUGCGGCGUACGAACGGGCCCUUCGUCAGGCCCCCUGCCGCAUCAAAGCCAUCCUCGUGUGUAACCCCCACAAUCCAUGCGGACAUAUCUACCCCCCGAAGGUAACCCAAGCCUUGCUCCAAUUCGCCCAACGGCAUGAUCUAUUCUACAUCUCCGACGAGAUCUACGCCCUCUCCACACUUGACGAGCAAGUGCCGUUCACCUCGGUCCUUGGCAUCGAUGUGUCUGCCCUAGGGGUAGAUCUGGCGCGCGUGUUCACGCUCUACAGUAUUAGCAAAGAUCUCGGCAGUAGCGGCUUGCGUCUGGGCUUCGGCAUCACCCAAGCACAUCCUGAUCUCCGUCUCUCCCUCGCCAUCUCGAACCAUUCCCGCGUCUCGACAUUCACCUCGCUCGUCAUCACCGCGCUGCUCCGCGAUCCCGCGGCCAUCGAUGGAAUCCUGCAUCAGAACAGAGUUGCGCUGCAGCGUAGCGCCCGGCUGAUCAGCGACUUUCUCGUCUUCCACCAGAUACCCUUUGUGCCACCGGCUGCCGGGGUGUAUAUCUGGGCACGACUGGGAUGCAGAUCCUUUUCACGGCUGGAUGACGAGCCCAGCUGGGAGGACGAGGCAGCUCUCAAUGAUCGCUUCGAGGCGGUGGGCGUGUCGGUGGGCGCGGGACAGGGGUAUUGCGCUAGCGAAAGUGGAUGGUUUCGGAUUACGUUUGCGCUUCCUGAGGAGGAGCUCAUGGAAGGGCUGCGGCGAAUUGAACAGGUGGUUGGAAUGGAGGGGAAGAGAUGGACCGUUGAUGGUGCGUAG